AUGUCCAUGCACCAGCUCGGCCCCCUCAUCCGCCUCUGGGGCCUCCCCAUCACCGACCUACCCCCGCCCGGCGUCGCCUCAGACGACCUCGCCCCCUUCCUCAUCGCCGUCCUCCAGGAAGCCGUCCCCUUCCUCGACACAAUCUCCCCGCGCCGGCGGUGCCCCGCCGACACCGCCCUCUGGAAGGCCAAGGGCGCCAAGUCCUACCCGGACUCCGCCGCCCCCGUCCAGGUCCUCGAGCGCGUCAUCCCCGUCACCGAGCUCGCCCUCGUCAUGGCCCGCAGCCAGCUCGCCCACAGCCACGAGCAGGCCAACAAGCUCCGCCCCGAGACGUGGGCCUGCCGCCGCAGCGUGCACGAGGACGCCGCCCGCCCCGGCACCGCCACCUGGGCCGAGUUCACCGCCGCUAUCAAGACCAACCACGCCGAGGCCGAGGUCGACUACAUGCCCAACCUCCGCAGCCUCCACACCCCGCUCGAGUGGGACUGCGCCGGCGUCGAGGCCCACGAGGGCGGCGCCCUCUGGCGCGACUUCACCCUCAAGGUCCACGAGUCUAGGCACAACAUUGGCGCUCCCCUCAAGAACCGCGUCUUCGCCUUCCUCGUCGUCUCCAUCGCCAUCGCCGACUUCGCCAGCGCGCCCGAGGCCGUUCUUUCCAAGGACAAGGGCCCCGUCGUCGGCGCUUACACGAGCGUCGAGCGCGUGAGGAAGCUCGACUCGGGCGAGAUCGAAUGGAUCAUGGCUACCGUCUCCGACGCAAAGGGCGUCUUACCCCUCUGGGUACAGGCCAAGGCCGUGCCUGGCCAAGUCGCCCGCGACAAUCCCGAGCUAGACAGCUCGCCGGGCGAUGGCGCUGAGAGGCCCACUGACUCUGCUCCGGCCCAGGGCGGGGAGGCGAACCCGGCGCAAGAGGCGCCCCCAGUCCCGUCCAAGGAAGACUCGAGCCCGGCCGAUGCCGAAAAGGGCGGGGAUGCUACGACCGGAGGGCCUCCUCCCGCCCCUGCAAAGACGUGA